GACCAAUGUCCUCUACACAGCUUGAAGGUACGAUGAAUAUGGAGAUGAGGAAAAACAACUUUUCAGACACUGGGAACUUUGGCUUUGGAAUCCAGGAGCACAUUGAUCUGGGAAUUAAAUACGAUCCCAGCAUUGGCAUCUAUGGCUUGGACUUCUAUGUGGUUCUGGGCAGGCCAGGCUUCAGCAUUGCUGACAAGAAGCGCAAAACCGGCUCCAUUGGAGCCAAGCACAGAAUUGGGAAGGAGGAGGCCAUGCGCUGGUUCCAGCAGAAGUACGAUGGCAUCAUCCUUCCAGGCAAAUGAGCAGUUACAUUAACAACAAA